AUGAAUUUGCCAUCCGCCCUCAAGGCAUAUUCUGUUCUGACGAAAAUCUCUGAUUCCUUGAUCCGUGGUAAGGUCGACGAGGGGACGCUUGACCUACUCGAGAUUCUCGAGAAGCUUCAAAGUUCGGUACUCAAGGAGUCUCACAAGUCUGCUUAUUGCUGGACGGCUGUUGAGUGCACGCUUAGAUUCAUGUGGCCGUUGGAUCCUUCUUCGGAUGGUUUGUUCACGGACUCUGUUGAGAGGAUAUGGACGAAAAGGAUUGGGGUUUUGAAAGAGAGUGGGAGCGGUUUAGAGAGCGAUGAGUUGUUGAAAUAG